GGUUUGUACAGGUUCCGGUGCCGGGUUACGCGUCCGCGCGUGUGCUGAGAGGUCGAAUCGCCAUGCUGAAGGUGUUUGGCCGGGUUUUGGGUUCCGCCGCCCGGCUCGGCUCCCGGACUGCUCCGCCGGCGCAGCACCUCUUUCUCCUGCGGCAUGCCGGCGUCAGCCCCGGGGCCCACGGUCUCGCCCGCUCCAUGUGGCUGCUCUGCAGUUCCGACCUGAGACGUGGUGUGCUGGGGUCCGGGCGGCCCCUCAACGGCGCGUCCUGCGGCUGCGGGGGUCUGCACACCGAAGGUGACAAAGCAUUUGCAGAAUUCCUGAUGGAUGAAAUCAAAGAGGAAAAAAAGAUUCAGAAGAGUUCCACCCUGCCAAAAGUCUCCGGAGGCUGGGAGAUCAGAUUGAAUGGGACAGAAGCAAAACUUGUACAAAAAGUUGAAGGUGAAAGGAUCACAGUUAGUUUUAACGUUAACAACAGUAUUCCACCAACGAUGGAAAAGGCUCAACAGGAAGAACAGAACGAUGCUGAGAAUGAGCCUGAAAUUAUCUCUACUCCGAACUUUGUUGUGGAAGUGACCAAACUGUCGAAUAACCAGAGCCUGGUGUUUGACUGCCAUUAUCCUGAGGAUGAGAUUGGGCAUGGUGAAGAGGAUGAGAGUGACAUAUUUGCCAUCAGGGAAGUCAGUUUUCAGCCCACUGGAGAGGAUGAUUGGAAAGAUACCAGCUAUACCCUUAACACAGAUUCCCUAGACUGGGCCCUCUACGACCAUCUGAUGGACUUUCUUACUGACCGUGGGAUCGAUAAUAAGUUUGCUGAUGAACUCGUUGAGCUGAGCACUGCGCUGGAACACCAGGAGUACAUCAAGUUUCUCGAAAACCUAAAUAGUUUUAUCAAGUGCUGAUCAUUUCCUUUGUCUCCCUGCUUUUUGAUUUUAUAAUGGUCUGAAUGUUUAAAUUAUUUUACAAUAGAUUAUGUACAAAGGUAUCUUCUGGUACCCCACUCUUUAAUUGGCUUAAUUAUGUGAAAGAUGCUGGAAUAGCCGAAAUAAUGUCUAAAUUGUACAAUGAUUAUGAGAAUGUUAUCCAAAAAGCAGGCUCAUUAGCAACUUGUUUAUAUUGUAACUAAAUUAAGAUGUAACUGGGAAAGAUGUCUUGAAUAAAAAUGUCCAAUUGAA